GCCGCCGCCGUGUCACUCAGUUGCGCAUGCGCGGCCGCGCCGGGAAGAUCCCGUUCGGAUUUCAAAUGCUUUCGCUCCGAUUCUAUCCAUUUUCCUAUGCGGCCAGCGCGAUCUAAUACGAAAAUGAGUUUGACAACAAUGUCGUGUGUUUUGGGAUCCUGAAUGGAAGUUUCGGAAAUGUGAAUUUCCUUUGUGACGUACCGGCGGAUUCACGGUGUGUGAACUGUGAUCGCGUGCUCAGUGAGAUAAAAGUGCGCUUUUUGUGUUGUGUAGAAAGUGAGUUCAUCAUAGGAUUACAGUGAUCUAUUAAACAAUCGGAUUUUCUAUGGGACCGUUGGAUGUAUGGGAGAUAAAUUAAGUGAAUAAAGAACAGAAAUAAACCAAAAUGACGACAACGGCAACGACGACGGCCACGCGGCACGUGAAGACCUCCAACUCGGCCAACAUCAUGAUGUGCAAGCAGUGGUGGCGCGUGUGCUGGCUGCACGGAGACCAAGAGAAGUACUACCGACAGCUCUACGGGAGGAGAAAAAUGACGCACACCAACACCAUCAACUUCGAUCUGACAGACACCAAGCGAUCUGGGGCGCGGAUAACGGAACUUACCGACGAUUUUCUCGAUCAAAAUAAUACACCAACAGCACCGGCAGACAUAGAGCCCGCUCCAGAUGAAAUAGAUAAGCCGAAAUUAAAGAAAACAACAGUUACUUUCGGCGUCGAAUCCGAGCCAAUUUACGGCUUCAACGAGUUCCAAAGCAGCUGGCAGAGAGACCAAAGAAGACAGCCCAUACAAAGAGACUACGAGGACAUUAUAAACUCGACAAACCUCGACGACAUUUGGGGAUCUAGUUUAAACGCAGACAAUAUUAAAAGUAUGUUAGAAAACGGGUUGCCCUUAGCAGAAAAUUUGGGCAGCUCGCGAUCGAGACCUGAAAUCUUAGACUCCAAAGAGCAGAUCCACAAGAACGGCAAUACAUUCGGCAAGACUUCGAAGAUGGUGUGUCGGACGAGGAAAGGGGCGAUUGUGACUGAAGAGACGGAUAUCUCGACGGACGGGAGGACGACGGCGGCGCUGAAGUUCCAGCGCUCCUCGGUGCAGUCGGGGCCCAACCGAGGGCUGGUGCCGCACGGGGACCGUGAGCUGGCGGGGGCGGGGGGCCGGGGGCCGGGGGCGCGGCGCUGCGCGGGGGACCGCCUCACCACCACCACCACCACGCUCGUCACCGUCACGCAGACUGCAGUCACCGAGUGCAAUGCGCCCGUCUGCCGCAACUGCGUGGUGUCUCCGACCAGCUCGUCGCCCCCUCCCCUCGCGGAGCACCCCCCGGCCUCGCCCCCGCCGCCUGCCCCCGCGUCCCCCGCACCCCCGCGGCCGCCCUACCCCGCCUCGCCGCAGCCCAGCCAGUCCAGCUCACCACACCUAUACAGCUACCAGCGAAGAGACUACCCUCAGAGCAGUCAGCAUUCGCCGAGUUACCCGCAGUCGCCGCAAUCAGCCAUGUCUCUGUCACCGCACCCAGCUCUGUCACCACAUCCGGCUCUCUCCCCGCACCCCGCUCUCUCCCCGCACCCCUCCCUGCCCGGGGGCAAGUUCCGGGGGCUGCUGGAGCAUGCCGAGCGCCUGCUGGUGAAGCCGGGGGACCCCCACCGACACUCCCAGAGCGACGACGACUCGGGCUGCGCGCUUGAAGAGUACACGUGGGUGCCGCCCGGAUUGAGGCCUGAACAGGUGCACCUGUACUUCUCUGCGCUGCCUGAAGACAAGGUUCCGUACGUGAACAGCGUGGGCGAGCGCUACCGACUCAAGCAGCUGUUGCAGCAGCUGCCCCCGCAGGAUAAUGAGGUCCGCUACUGCCACUCGCUGAGCGACGAGGAGCGCAAGGAGCUGAGGCUGUUCAGCGCACAGAGGAAGCGGGAGGCGCUGGGCCGCGGCCAGGCGAGGCAGCUGCACGCGCCUGCGCCCUGCGACGCGUGCGAAGAGUCGAUGUCUGCGGGCGACAUGUGCGUGACCGCCGCGCGCGCCGGGCCCGCCUCGCGCUGGCACCCCGCCUGCUUCGCCUGCCACGUGUGCCGCGAGCUGCUGGUGGACCUGGUCUACUUCUGGAAGGAGGGGAGACUGUAUUGUGGACGCCAUCAUGCUGAGACCUUGAAGCCACGGUGUUCCGCGUGUGAUGAGAUAAUCCUGGCGGACGAGUGCACGGAGGCGGAGGGGCGCGCGUGGCACAUGAAGCACUUCGCGUGCCUGCAGUGCGCGGCGCAGCUCGGCGGCCAGCGCUACAUCAUGCGCGACUCCCGGCCCUACUGCCUGCCCUGCUUCGACACGUGCUUCGCCGAGUACUGCGACGCCUGCGGGGAGCCCGUGGGCGUGGACCAGGGCCAGAUGUCGCACGAGGGGCAGCACUGGCACGCCACGGAGCGCUGCUUCGCGUGCCACACGUGCCGCGCCAGCCUGCUCGGCCGCCCGUUCUUGCCGCGCAAGGGAGCUAUCUUCUGCUCCAUUGCUUGCUCCAAGGGUGAACCACCAACGCCCUCUGAUUCUUCUGGACCAGGCCCGCGCCCCCCAAGAGGCCCACGGCCGCGGAGGGCUCCGUCACCGAAAGAGAGUCUCCAGUCGGAGUCGUUCCCCUCGCAGACACCGCCGCGAGGGCCCUCGCCGCAUAUAGACGCGGACUCCGAGCCAAGCGUCUCCGUGGACCCGUCGCUAGCGCCCGACUCGCCCCCGCCGCACCCCCCGCCGCCCCCGCACGCCUGCCUCAGCCUGGACCGCGCGCUGGCCGACCUGCGCCUCGACCAGUCUGUGACCGAGCACCUGCCGCCCUCGCCCGACUCGCCCGACUCGCCCCAGGAGGCGGCGUCGGCCGAGUGGCGCCCGCCGCCGCCCGUGGACGCGCAGGCCGUGGUGAGCGCGCACUCCUCCUCCAUGCCGGAGCUCACGCUGGUGGACGCGGGGGGGAGGAAGCCGCGCGGGGGGCGCACCGUGCGCUUCUGCGGCGACGACAACGAGGCCUUCGAGCCGGACGAGCCCCCGCGGCGGCCGCGGCAGGAGCGGUCGCACCGGCGGGAGCGGCGUGAGGACCGGCGCCGCGCGCGCGAGGAGGGGGCGCAGCGCGAGGAGUUGGGGCGGCGCGAGGAGGGGGGGCGGCGCGACGAGGGAGGGCGCGACGACGACGACGCCAGCAGCUACUGCAGCACGUGCUCCUCCUCCACCUCCUCGGCCGACUCCUACUCCCUCCCCGCGCGGCGCGCGUACGGCGGCGUGCGCAUCAGCUACGUGCCCAACGACGUCGUAGCCGCCGCGCGCCGCCAGCGACGAGCCAACAAGGAACACGACAAGAACUGCAUCAUCUCCUGAUCACCCACCCAGCACCAGCCUCCGAUACCAAGACUGACUUUUGUAUUAGUAAUGUAGUCCAAACAAAGUAGUUUACUAAAUGACGAAGAAUGUCUUCCCGGAUUUUAAAAGCAAUCUUCCGCAGCUUUCGUUUGUUUCGCGAGUUUUUUUGCUAAAGAUACGAUAUGCGUCACGCCCUCGCCGGGUGUCGUCACACCUGACGUAUCCACACACGAUGACGUAUCAUCACAUGACGUCUCUCACGUCACGGUCGUGUUGUGACAAUGGCCCGGCGGGAGGACGUCACAUUUCGCUAUCGAUUUAAAGGGUUUUUGCUUCGUGAAUGCGGCUUUCAACAAAUUCUAUCGCAAUGUGUAAUUUGGCAUAAUGACACCCCGCGACAUCCCAUUAGCAGCACCUGGCGUGUCGGGAACGUGGAUUAUAAAUUAAACUUAUACUUUAUUGCAUUCAUCUGCUUAGUUUAAUCGUUUGCAACCUAUACGUAUGUUUGUUUGUUAUUCAUCUAUUUAUUGUGUAAAUAUUUUGAGCAAAUCUAAUAGGUAGUAUUUAACAUAUCGACAUGCAUGCUUUGUUUGUUUGUACUCUAUCAUAUCCUUCUUCAUAAAAUGAUUAAUUUAAGACAUAUCCCACUUUGCCACAUAGUGAUUAAGAUAAUUCUAGAUAAGUUACAAUUAAGGUAUGAAUAAAAUAAUUGUAAAUUGACGUCAGUACAAAAUCGCAUUGUAUUAUUUUGUAUUGCACUUUUGCAUUUUAUAUAAUGUGUGUUCAAAAUGUGUAAAUAGAAUUUAUAUAAUAAUCGUAAUUAGUAACUGCCUUACGAACUACUGCCGCAAACAUGUGAAUUUUACUCAAAGUUAAGAAGAAUAAAUAAAUAAGUAUAAGUACCUAGUUGUCUAGAUCAUGUACCUAGUUUUGUAAAACAAAGUUGCGCUCACUCAGAAUACUCAACGGUAUUUAUUGACAAAUAAUAAAUAAAUCAUUUUUAUACUAAUCCAUGAAUUUGUACAAAUUACUCAUAAAGAUACGUAAUGUUUUUAAGUUAUUUGUAAUACGAGAGAGGAAAUAAAAUGUUUUUUUAAUAAA